CAUGAAAUAUUAUAAGUUAAGUAUUGACAAAAUAUAAAUCAAUCAAAGUACGGCUGUCUCAUGACAAAAUAGUGGCGGCAUUUAAAAUAAUAUGUUCACUUGACUUGAAAAAUAAUAACAAUAAAAACUGAAUACACCUUUUAAAUAACAGGAGAAUGAUUCCCUGUCAAUGAAUAAAGUUUGUUACAACCAUGUAAAACAUUUAGUUGUAUUGUUUGUAAUCUUUAUUUAAUCAGACAGUCACACUGAGCUCGAGAUCUCUUUUCCAAGAAGCCUGAGAUGAAGAAACAUUCACACAUCAGCAACAACAAAACAACACAAUAACAACAGUCACAAGAUUCAUAAAACAUCACAUGGUCAAGAUUUAAAACCUUCAAGGGGAACAAGACUGUAGUUUGAGGGAAGUUUGUGAAUCAUAGUGAGUGAAUCCAGUUCUGACAUAGUGGUGCGUACAUCUUGUGCUGUGUGUACUGGGUUUAAAUGAGAGAAGAGAGCUGAGGUCAUGUGGAAUGAGUAAGUAGUUAUGUGUUAAUCUUAUAAAAAGAAACAAUCAAACAAAAGGUUUGGACUUCGUUCUCUCGACACUUUGACUGUGAGGGGGGAUGUACCGGUGCGAACCUGGCAACCCGGGGAUCUGGCUAUACCGCUGAAAAACUUGUUGUUGUCGGGUAAAAUGGCGUCAAACGUCGAGGCCCCGGAGCGCUGGUACCUCGCCCUGCUAGGCUUCGCGGAGCAUUUCCGAACCUCCAGUCCGCCCAAAAUCCGGCUCUGCGUGCACUGUCUCCAGGCCGUGUUCCAGUUCAAGCCUCCGCAGAGGAUCGAGGCCCGGACACAUCUCCAGCUGGGCUCGGUGCUCUACCACCACACGAAGAACAGCGAGCUGGCCCGCAGCCACCUGGAGAAAGCGUGGUUUAUAUCGCAGCAGGUCCCGCAGUUUGAAGAUGUUAAGUUUGAAGCAGCCAGUAUUCUGUCAGAGCUCUUCUGCCAACAGAAUUUGGUGGACUCUGCGAAACCCCUACUGCGCAAGGCCAUCCAGAUUUCCCAACAAACCCCGUACUGGCACUGCAGAUUGUUGUUCCAGUUGGCGCAACUUCAUACACUGGAGAAAGACUUGGUAUCAGCGUGUGACCUCCUGGGUGUCGGAGCUGAGUACGCUCGAGUGGUGGGCUCAGAAUAUACCAGGGCAUUGUUUCUCCUCAGUAAAGGAAUGUUGCUGCUAAUGGAGAGGAAGCUCGGCGAAGUGCAUCCUCUGCUCACGCUGUGCGGAACUAUUGUAGAAAACUGGCAGGGAAACCCGAUCCAGAAGGAGUCCCUCCGGGUCUUCUUCCUGGUCCUACAGGUCACACACUACCUUGAUGCUGGACAGGUGAAGAGUGUGAAGCCGUGUCUGAAGCAGCUGCAGCAGUGUAUCCAGACCAUCUCCACACUCCACGACGAUGAGAUUCUUCCAAGCAACCCAGCCGACCUCUUCCACUGGCUGCCCAAGGAGCACAUGUGUGUCCUCGUCUAUUUGGUGACAGUCAUGCACUCCAUGCAAGCAGGAUAUCUGGAGAAAGCCCAGAAGUACACAGACAAGGCUCUCAUGCAACUAGAGAAACUAAAAAUGUUGGACUGCAGCCCCAUCCUCUCUACCUUUCAAGUCAUUCUACUGGAGCACAUCAUCAUGUGUCGACUCGUCACGGGCCACAAGGCCACUGCUUUACAAGAGAUCUCCCAGGUGUGCCAGCUGUGCCAACAGUCCCCCAGGUUAUUCACCAACCACGCUGCUCAGCUUCACACGCUUCUAGGUCUGUACUGUAUCUCAGUGAACUGUAUGGAUAAUGCUGAGGCGCAGUUCACUACAGCCUUGCGGCUCACCACACAUCAGGAACUGUGGACAUACAUUGUAACUAAUUUGGCCAGUGUCUACAUAAGGGAAGGAAACAGACACCAGGAGUUGUACAGUCUCCUAGAGAGAAUAAAUCCAGAUCACAACUUCCCAGUAAGCUCCCAUUGCCUCCGCGCUGCAGCCUUCUACAUCAGAGGACUCCUGUCCUUCUUUCAAGGACGCUACAACGAGGCCAAACGUUUCCUGAGGGAAACCCUGAAGAUGUCUAACGCCGAGGAUCUGAACAGACUGACCGCCUGCUCUCUGGUUCUGCUCGGCCACAUCUUCUACGUUCUGGGAAACCACAGAGAAAGCAACAACAUGGUUGUACCUGCCAUGCAGCUGGCCAGCAAGAUCCCUGACAUGUCUGUCCAACUGUGGUCUUCAGCUUUGUUGAAAGACUUGAAUAAGGCUCUCGGGAACACUAUCGAUGCCCAUGAAGCCGCUCAGAUGCACCAGAACUUCUCCCAGCAGCUGCUGCAGGACCACAUCGCUGCCUGCAGCCUCCCAGAGCAUAACCUCAUCAGUUGGACUGAUGGCCCCCCUCCUGUCCAGAUCCAAGCCCAGAACGGCCCCACCACCAGCCUUGCAAGCCUGCUAUGAGGAGCCCUCUGUCUUUCAUGUCACAGUAGCUGGUACAUGAUCACAAGCAACAGACUGAUUCAUAACAACCUGCUAUCAGACCACUGUAGCUGAGCUUUGAGAGGAUUUGAACAGGGGACAAAUGUUUAAACCUUCACUUUAUUAGCCUCUCAAAUUUGCUUCCUGAUUGUCUGCUAUUCCAUUUUUAAAGAAGUUGUUACAGCCACCGUCAAAUGUAUUUCAUCCUCUCUGAAGGCUUACAGGACAUAGGGGACGGGUUGGACUCUUGAUUAGAGAAGUGGAGGACAAGCAGUGACUUGUAAAAGGGCUUCUCCGUGUCUCUGACAGGUUUCUUUUCCAUUGGUUGGAAAAAAGAGGCGGUAGAUGGGCGGGGCAGUAAAGAAAUGUAGAAGAAAUUAAUUUAUUCAUGUUGAUAUUUUUAUAACUGUUGGUAAAUAUUUUACAUCUUGCCUUUUCUUUGUAUGGAUGCAGUUUUUUGUUUUUUUUCAUGCAUGGAAGUUACUGAUGUGGACCCCCUGUACAAUAUUUUCUGACCUGGGUUGCGAAUAAUGAGUUCUUGGUAGAUAAUUUUUGUAUAAAAUCCAUAUUAGAAGAAAAUAGAGACCUCUUGUAAUAUAUUUUCACAGAUUAAUCGGUUGGUGAGUUGGCAGUGUACAUUAUUUUGGGACAGCGCACAGUCCACUGUGUGCAGUUCAUCUUUAGACCAGAAGAUGCCUCUGUUGAGUCUGUUAAUGAGCAAUGUUUAAUCACUUCUGGAUUUUAUAUCAUUUGGUUGCAAUGAGGGCUCCCUCAAACCUUAAAAAAACACAUUCAACUAAUGUAUUUUCAAAACUCCAUAAUAUAUGAAUUUCUAUUGAUGUAUUCAUUUUUACAAAUCACAUUUAGACUUUCGGAGCUUACAAUAAUCUUCAGAUAUUCAAAAAGUGAAUUUAUUUUAUUUUGUUAUAUUUUAAUUUGUCUGGAUAGAUCUACUAACUUGUUUCUUUACAGUAUGUUUGUAUAGACUCACCACUUGUUGAACCUUUAUUGUACAGUGACUUUUGAUAAAGUCAAUUUAGUAAAGUGUGUAUGUAUUUUUAGCUAUCCUAUGUAGAAAUCUCAACGCUUGGUAUUUAAGGCACUCUGUAAAGACACAGUUUAAACUUGAGUACGAGCCAUAUUCUAUCCAAUGCCUACGUUUUUAAUGCUUAUGUUGUUUUCAAUAAUUUUCCAAUAAAAUACGAUUGAAAAUU